CGCCCGACAGGAUGUGUCGUCCCGUUUGAAGGAUUGCAAUAGUUCCUAUUUUAAAGGCAGCAGUCAGUGUUGCAGUGAGCAGAAAAAGCGCAGUUAGUGCUGGAAUAACAGGCCUUUUACUUGGCAAUCCUUUAUUGGUUGAGUGAUAAUUUAAUUUUUCAUAAGACUAACCACCUGUAUGUGAAGGGAUGUUGGGAUGGUUCACUAUCAGUUCGUUUUAAAAUUGGAUGCCAACUAUGUGAAAUGUGUCAAGUGCCAACAUAUCGACAAAUGACGGCGACACGGUCCAGGAGCAAGUAGACUACGGAUCGUGGGGUUAUGGGUGGCACUAACAAGUGUUUCUUUUUCUACGUCCCCACCUAAGGGCAGCAGUGUGUCUUGUUCUCUCGUAAUCGUUAACUCUCAUCGCCUUUGACUUCCGGCGAGCGGGGGACCCAAUUUAAUUACGGUACGGUUCCCACAGUGCUGGUGGAAGUAAAGCAGUGUACAGUGCCGUGUGCAGCAGUCGGUGGAGCGUUGUGGAAUCCGACUUGCUACGGGAAGUAAACGAGCGGAAGUGAGAUUCAAUUCCGUAGGAACGGUGGCUUCGUUGUUAGAGUGGAAACUCUAAUAGGCGUGAAAGUAGCUUUAAGUCCUGGUCAUCCCAUGUGAGUGUAUGUGUCCUGCAAUAUACGAGUCAGGUACUCCUGCAGCUCUCGCACCCCAAUCUUUGCCGGGCAAUAUUCAGUCGUAUCGGCAUCAGCAGCUACAUCUAUGGAAAAGCUCCCACGCCAUACUCCGUUGUCAACGGAAAAUCCCAACGUAAAUAACAAGGGACGAAAAAUUAGCGACGGCUCAUUUCCCUGCAAGCCUCUAUCGUAAGGAAAGCCAACUUCACGCCACAAUCGCCGUAAAAGGGAAUUGUAGCCAGCCCACUCGACGUCGCCCGUCCCAUCAAACCAUUAUCGGCGUCGUCAUCGGGCUGGACAACAUCCACACGAAAGCUCUCAUUUGCGGCCCGGUCACAAUUUGACCACUUACCACAAAGGGAAGAAAAACGACCAAACGGAAACGUCAGAAACACAAAACAAGGGGCGCCGGGAAACAACAGAAACGAAAACACUCCAGCCAUGGGCACGACAUCGAUGGCCGGCAUACUUGUGGCGGCAGCCGUCUCCAUUUUUAGCCUGGUAACAGCCGGGGAAGCCGGAGUAGGGGGAGGCUUCGCCGAAACGGACACGGGCUGCGGCGAAGGAAGUCUUCCGAUACUGGCUGCAGCAACAAGUGCCACCAAUUACGAUGCCGAUUUCAGUGAAAAUGGCACUAAUUUGCUGACGGCGAUAACUCCAUUAGCGCUGAUGUCCAAACACGGUGGCACUUCCGGCGGUGCCAAGCACCAGGAGGAUGUGUCUCCGGUCACCCUGUCGACCGAGUGGCCUCGGCUGGCCCGGCUUCUGCUGCUGGCCAGUUUGUCCGUAAUUGGCAGCAUCGGUAACGUGUUUAUGAUUUCCUCGGUCAUGAUCGAGGACCACCUCAAGAAGGCAGGUAACGCAUUCAUAGUGAACAUAGCGCUCGCAGAUUUACUAAUCACUAGCGUAGUGAUGCCAGCGUCCACCAUUGUGCUCCUGGCUGGCAUCGACAAUUCGGACACGGAAGUAUGCAAAUUUCAGUGGUUUCUAGCUGCUUGCUCGUUUUUGGUUAGCAUUUUAACCCUAGCAAUAAUGGCCAUAGAAAACUAUCUGAGGCUGUGUAUGAACCAGAAUGAGCACAGUUGGUUCAGCAGAACCAGCGUAACCGUAAUUCUGUUGGCGAUUUGGAUCGUUGCCAGCUUAUUCUCCGGCAUGCAGUUCAUGUAUGAUAUCGACUUUGACUACUGCGACCGGAAGUCCAAGCACAUAGUUCCACCGGAAGCCGGCUGGAUUGGGCUGAUGGUACUGCUUCCGCUUCUACUGGCAUUCCUGACUCACAUACGGAUCAUAGUCGAUGUGAAGCGCAACAUGAGCCUGCCGAACUUCAAGCCAAAUCUAGCCUACACGUGGGACCUCUCGUUAGUUCGGACCAACUUCUACAGCUUCCUUAUCUUCGUCCUGUUUUGGUUGCCAUUCUGUGUCAUCCUGGCAUACGGGACCACCAAAAGUGUAUCGAACCGGGUGUUCUACAACACGGCCUGGAUCGGCCUGUCCAAGUCCUGCUUCCACAAUGUAAUCUACUGCUUAACGAACCGUCACUUCCGUAGUGCGUACGUGAGCCUGUUCAACUACUGCUGCUGCAAGACAACGGUAGCCGUAUCGCGAAGACAGCGAACUGACGGAAGCCGACCGACCGCGGACGUCCGUGUGCACAUCAUCCCGGGCUACAAUAUGUACACCAGCCCGCAGAGAGCCGGCAACAGCCACGGACACUGGGGGAAGCGCGAGUGCCACGAGUUAUGAUCGGAAAUGUAGCUAAAUUGAUCGAGAACUAGAAACAGUUUCGAUUAAUUUACCGGGCGAAUGUCUAAGGAACUGUUUGAAAGCCAGCCGCGCAUUUAGCUGCUAAGUUAGGAUAAACACGAACAAAACGAACUGAAAUUUGAUAACCAAGUUUCUGACCACUGAAAGGUAGGGACCUAUUUAUAACGUAAUAUCCACCAUUUUGAGUCGAAAGGACGAUUGGGUGUGCAAGCUUUGAAAAUCUGUGUGUAAAUUAGUUAACGAACCAUCAUAGGAACUCUCAAAGGCACGAGCUCUCGUACGUUUGGAUACAUUGUAGGUACCUUCCUAUUCCCAUCUAUCAUUAAAUACUCGAAUCCUUCAU